AUGGCCAAUCAGCGCGUCGGAGAGGCGGAGCCCGCGAACCAGGAUGGGACCUAGUGCUCCCAGCUGAGGCCGCUCGCCGCACUGACUGCGCUCCCCAGGAUGGUAGCUACUGCGGCCUGGACGCCCCAGCGGUGCUGCGGGUGGCUACAGCUGCCCCUGCUCCUGCUGGCGAUCUCGGCCUCGGCCUCGCCUCGCUAUACCCCGGACUGGGAGAGCCUGGACGCGCGCCCGCUGCCCUCCUGGUACGACGAGGCCAAGUUCGGCGUGUUCUUGCACUGGGGCGUGUAUUCGGUGCCAGCCUGGGGCAGCGAGUGGUUCUGGUGGAGCUGGCAGGGCCAGCAUGAAUCCAAGUACGAAGACUUCAUGCGCCAGAACUACCCUCCGGGCUUCUCUUAUGCUGACUUCGCCCCCCAGUUCCGGGCCAGCUUCUACGAGCCCAAGAAGUGGGCCGAGCUCUUCGAGGCGUCGGGGGCCAGGUACGUGGUCCUGACCAGCAAACAUCAUGAAGGCUAUACACUCUGGCCCAGCAGUACAUCUUGGAAUUGGAAUUCUAUGGAUAUAGGGCCCCACCGAGAUCUAGUGGGUGAAUUGGGAGCUUUCCUCCAACAGAAGAAUAUCCAUUAUGGAUUGUACCACUCACUCCUGGAAUGGUUUAAUCCCUUAUAUAUACUUGACAAGGAAAAUAACUUCACAACUCAGAAUUUUGUCCAAACCAAGAUCCUGCCGGAAAUGGUUGAUCUUGUGAACAGGUAUCAACCUGAUCUGAUCUGGUCUGAUGGAGAUUGGGAAGCCCCUGACACUUACUGGAAUUCCACAGAGUUCCUCGCCUGGCUGUACAAUGACAGCCCUGUGAAGGAUCAAAUUGUGGUUAAUGAUCGAUGGGGCAUAAACACUGGGUGUAAACACGGAGGCUACAUUAACUGUAAGGACAAAUACAGGCCAACGACUAUUCCAAAACGCAAGUGGGAGAUGUGUACCACCCUUGAUAAAAAAUCCUGGGGGUAUCGGCGAGACAUGGACAGCAGUGACGUUAUGACUGAUUCAGAAAUCAUCCUGGAACUAAUUUUUGUUGUAAGCUUUGGAGGCAACUAUCUGCUCAAUGUUGGGCCAACAAAAGAUGGGAUUAUUCCUCCCAUCUUCCAAGAAAGGCUUCUUUCUUUGGGGAGCUGGCUGAGCAUCAAUGGGGAGGGGAUCUAUGCUUCUAAGCCAUGGAGGGUACAAAUGGAGAAUACCACCAUUCCCAUGUGGUUCACCCUAAAGCAAUCCGUCGUGUACGUCUUCUACAGUGAUUGGCCACAGGAAGGAAUGCUCCUGCUAACCUCUCCUGUCCCAACAAAUGUCACAAGAGUGAGUAUGCUGGGUGUCCCAGGGUUUCUGAAGUGGUCUCAAGCCUCGGUGGAUCAAGGCCUCUUGGUUUACCUGCCCCAGCUGUCUCCAGAUAUUCUAAAGAUGAAAGUUUGGACCCUCAAACUAGAGGAAGUCAAGUGAGCCAUUGUGUCCACGCCACACCAGUGCCCAAGACUAUACUAUUUUGAGUUUUGCUUCUAAGAUCUGAUCAUUGCAAUAAAUUAAUUACACUCUUCCUUUGCCCAAGGUGGCAUUUUCUGAUCCAUCUUAAUCAAAGGACAAUGUUCCCAAUAGGUACCUCUCAUUUAUAAGCCUUAACUUCCCUUCAUGAAAGAAAGGCCUUCCCCAUCCUUACACACGUGGUUACCACCAAAUUAUUUAGGGGAGCUUUUCCUCAGCCCCUCCCCUUCUCUGUGUUCUAGUUAAAGAAACUUCUUCAAGGGGAAGCAGGAGUCUGCAGAAGUGGGUAUCCCAGUAAAACGUAGCACUGAAUGAGCGGGGUUUUAUCUAGGGGGCCAUGUUGGACACUCUAGGAGUUUGUGAAUUGAGCAGCACCUCUCACCAAGAAGGGGACGGCAUCUGUUCUGUCCCAGCUUUACUUCUUAGACUUACAGCAACCCCCAAUGAUGGCAGCAUUAGAGAGCUCCAGGUGUAAUUCUAAACAAUGGAUGGAAAUGGAGCUGGUCGGCAGCUCCAUCCCGAGAUAUGCAGCUGUGUCAGAAGAGUGGCCCUGUGGGUGCUGGGAACUGUCCCUCUCUGUAGAGCCAGUGCUAUGUCAAAGACCAAAUCUGCCCACGUAGAGGACUAGAGCAGGAUAGUCUCUGGUUCUUGCUUCUCCAGCCUGACAGACCCAUGGAACAAACCUAGAGGGAUCCUUGCUGCCUUGAGGUAGGGAGGACAAUGGGAAAGGACACUUGGUGACACCCAUAGGAUGGAUGGUUUGCUUUUGUUUGCAUUCUAAUCUGAAAUGUCAUAAAUGGAACCGUGUCACUUGUGGUUAAAUUCCAUUUCAAAAUGUGCAAUUAAAGAACAAAUGAUACAAUUUUAGGUUUCUAUCCUGUGCCUCUUUGUAUGUGAAUGUUUUGACAACUGAAAAAAUAAACUUUUUAAUUUAUAAA